AGGCACAGACGGGCCGAGUGGUUUUGGCUUUGAGUUGACGUUUCGUCUGAAGAGAGAAACCGGGGAGUCUGCCCCACCAACGUGGCCAGCAGAGUUAAUGCAGGGCUUGGCCAGAUACGUGUUCCAGUCAGAGAAUACCUUCUGCAGCGGGGACCACGUGUCUUGGCACAGCCCCUUGGAUAACAGCGAGUCAAGAAUCCAGCACAUGCUGCUGACGGAAGACCCGCAGAUGCAGCCCGUGCAGACGCCCUUCGGGAUUGUCACCUUUCUCCAGAUUGUUGGCGUCUGCACCGAGGAGCUCCACGCGGCCCAGCAGUGGAAUGGACAAGGCAUCCUGGAGCUGCUGCGGACGGUACCUGUCGCUGGCGGCCCCUGGCUGAUAACUGACAUGCGGAGGGGAGAGACCAUAUUUGAGAUCGAUCCACACCUGCAACAGGAGAGAGUGGACAAAGGCAUUGAGGCGGACGGCUCCAACCUGAGCGGGGUCAGCGCCAAGUGUGCCUGGGACGACCUGAGCCGGCCGCCUGAGGACGACGAGGACAGCCGCAGCAUCUGCAUCGGCACACAGCCACGGCGGCUCUCGGGCAAAGACACGGAGCAGAUCCGGGAGACUCUGCGGAGAGGGCUGGAGAUCAACAGCAAACCCAUUCUUCCGCCAAUCAACGCUCAGCGACAGAGCGGCCUCAGCCACGACCGGGCGCCGAGCCGCAAAGACAGCCUGGAAAGUGACAGCUCCACGGCCAUCGUCCCCCACGAGCUGAUCCGCACCCGGCAACUUGAGAGUGUGCACCUGAAGUUCAACCAGGAGUCGGGGGCCCUCAUUCCGCUCUGCCUCAGGGGCAGACUCCUGCAUGGACGGCACUUUACGUAUAAAAGCAUCACAGGUGACAUGGCCAUCACGUUUGUCUCCACGGGAGUGGAAGGUGCCUUUGCGACGGAGGAGCAUCCUUACGCAGCUCACGGACCCUGGUUACAGAUUCUGUUGACUGAAGAGUUUGUAGAGAAAAUGCUGGAGGACUUAGAAGAUUUGACUUCUCCAGAGGAAUUCAAACUUCCCAAAGAGUACAGCUGGCCUGAGAAGAAGCUGAAGGUCUCCAUCCUGCCCGACGUGGUGUUUGACAGCCCACUGCACUAGCUGGGGCUGGGCCCUAUGGGGCCUCGGGGGGCCCAGCCGCUCCCCAGUGACUUCAGUGCAACAGCAGCAGAACUGAGAGUCCCGCAAAUAAAAGGAGACGUCUGAGGAUGAGUGUGCAGUCCAGCGGGGUGCUGGGCCAGGCCGUGGGCCCUGCCCACCUCCUGCUCGGGGGCUUCCCCCACCCAGCCAGCCGAGCCACGGCCCUGCUGGCCAGUGAGCGGGUCUUGCUGCGGCACCAGGAUCUGGUUUGUGAUUUGAAACUGCACCCUUGAUGUGCCCCCUGGGUUGGGACAGGUGACCCCCUCACCUGCCCGUGCCAGGAGGAAGAGGUCCACGGGCCAGGCACAGCUAUGGCUCGGCCUCGCUCAGCUCCAGAGAGCCAUGGGAGUGUGGCUCUGCUGGCCACAGAACAGUGCCUCCCAGUGUGCUUGGUUUUCUUCAUCCUUAUUUUAUUUUUCUGAAACUGGAUGAUGUCUUAUUGCUCUGCAGAGAUGUCCGGAAGCUUUGUAUAUACUGUUUUUUUGUUUUUUUUAUAAAACAGAACUUUAUUCCCAGGUGAAUUUAACCUUUCCGACAACAGAGGCCACCGCCACAGGAAAAGGUGCCUGGUGUAUGCCCGGCAGCCCCUGCCCUGCAAGAGCCCGCCUUGCAGAGUGAGCUGGGGAGGGUAGUGGGUGGGCGGAGUCCUGAAACACACUCCCCCUGGUAGCCUUGAGCCCGGUGAGCUGGGGCCAGGACGGGGGUCUACUUCUCCCGUGAACUGGGGCCUCUCCCGAGGACCAUCUGCGUCUCAGCCUCCUUUUCUGGCUUUGUCACCCAACCAGGCCCCCCUGGGAGAGAGUGAGGCCCUGCCCCUUACAGACUAUCGCCUCUUGCCGCUCAGGGCCUGGGUCUCAGCUCUGUGGUCACCUCCAUCCCAUUUCUCAGGCUCCUGGGCCUGCCAACCUCUGACUGACUCCUAAAGCAGCACAGCAGUGGGUCCCUCCCUUUGGCUUGCAAGCACCGCACUGUCCCCUCCCACGCACCCUGCAUCCUUUUCGUUCUCAUCUUUCCUUCCCAUUCCUUGGCCUGACUCCUCCUCUGUGUCCCUCACCCCAAAGACUGCAGAUCGCUGGAGCUUCCAAAGCCCUUGGUUUGGGAGUGGGGCUCUUCUGGGAUUGCCUCCCACCCCGGGCCCAGGGUCAGCAAGACCCUUUCUUGCUCCCAGACCCCCUGAGACUGCAACUUUAAGACACUCCCACCUUCCUGCAAACAGCCAUCUUAUCUGCCAGGGACCCUACAGGGGGCCUUCACUGCCCUGGCCUCUCCCACCGCACAUACAGGCAGUACAAGGCCACAGGGCCUGCUGGUGAUAGAUCAGGAGGGCCUUGCCUGGGCUCUCCGGGGGCAGGAGGGACUGGAGCUUGGGCUAGCCUCUCCCAGGCGGAUCCCGCUGGAGAGGUACAGGGGAGAGGAGCUUACCUUGGCCUGAUGCAAUGCGGGCAGCAGCUGUGCCUUCUACUGCCCCGAGAACUUUUCCAAAAGGUCACUUCCUGGCCAUCACCCACCCACCACCCAGCCCUGCCUCUGAAGUUCUUGUAUGGUUACAUUUUGUGGACGGGGAGAUGCCUUUAGUUUGCCUCCUUUCCUUGCCAUCCUGACCUACCUCUCCUUGAGUCUUCUCCCAGGGACCUGCCAACGACUUCCUGCAGCAGGAUGAGCUGCCUGGUUCUCAGGGGAAGAGGGCAUUUUCUGAGCUCAGCUGGGUCAUGGGUGAAAGGCAGCUGAUUCGAGCCUGUGUGGAUCGAUGGUCAGCCUCACCUCCAGCCAGGGUCCAGCUGGGACCAGGCCUCCACCACCUUCCUACGGAGCACUGGUGAGGGACGGGAACAGCGGCCGCCUGUCCAUCUCCCACCUGGUCUCCUUUCCUUUGGGUGGUGGUUCCUUCCCAGAGGUCUCAGGAUCCAUAGUUGGGGAGCAGACCCUCCCUGAUUAUCGCUCGGGCAAGGGCUAGCAUGUGCCACCGGGCUCAAUGCCCCAAGCUUGUGCAGGGGGUUCACAUGCUGCAGGUUUCUGGGAGUUCCUCCCUCAUUGUGGGGUGGAGAGGUAGGGUGCUUCCCAUCUCCUUUUGGCUCUUCUCAGGCACCCCAGGACUUGCCCCUCCAGGUGCGGUGCUGGUGCUGGAGCCUCUCUAAAGAGGCGCCACUGCCGUGUUCACCUGUUAUGUAAGGGGGACUCGUGGUGCCCCUCACCCCCAGGUCCAGUGUGGGUGGAAAGAAGCUGGCAGAGCCAGCUGCCGACUCAAGAGUAUGGGGGAGGCCCCAUGCAAGGUCUCAGGUCUGUCUGGGGAGCUGGUGCCUCUCCCUACUCCCCUCCCCUUCCAAACGAAGAGCCCCAAGGUGGGGACUGGGGAUGCCUUGAACAGAGUCUACAAAGGCUAGAGCAUUUCUAAAGUUAGACCCAGGUCUUGAGACUGCGUGUGGAGCAGAGGGGGCCCCUGAAGGCUGCUGCCCCUAUGGGGCAGAGCUGCAGCCAACUCCCUAGACCCUAUUUUUGUAUCUGGUUGUCUGUCCUCUCCGACUGCCAGGCCCUCCCGGCCAAGUGAGUCACCUGGCCUCAGGUUGCGUCAGGCGCCCUGUAGAAAAACCCCUUUUGUACAAGUACCUGAAAGCUGCAACCAGCAGCCUUUUGUAGAAUUUUCUAUUCGUUUUUAAUGUCAGUGGCGAUGCGCUUCCCGGGGGCUGCAGUUGGCCUGGGACUUUUGUAAGGAUUUUUGGAUGACUCAGAUGUCCUCUCCUCCCCGUCUCCUCCUCUUCCAUGUAAUCUAAGUGCAUUAAACAUAUUUGCAGAA